AUGCAGAGGGCGAGACAGGAGAGAGGAGAGGAGAGGAGAAAGGAGACGGAGAGAGAGAGAAAGGAGAAGAAUGAGGCAAUUAAGAAAAAACUCACGAUAGGGGGGGCGGGUAGCGGCGUAGUCUUAAUCUUAUGGGCGUUCCAAGGAUUUCCAAGGAUGCGGACCGGAGACUGGAGACUGGAGAAGCGGCGGGCGAAGUGGGUUCUGGGUCCUGGGCUAUGGGUUAUGGGUUAUGGCUUCUGGCUUUCUGGGUUAUUGGUAUUGACAGACUACCGCAUCGGGAUAGCAGCUGCAGGUCAUCAACAGGAGAGGAGAGCGAGAGAAUGA